GAUUUGAGGAUCCUUCUGUAAACGCUCACCGCGUGAUCUGGCAGCCUGUUUCUGAAUGAUGAUAUUCAGGAAAGAAAAAAAAAACAGGAACCGUGUGGAUAACUGACCGAGGGGCCGCCUCUCAUUAUAACUGGAAGAAAAUCCACACAGUCGAUCUUCUGAUGGGUUGAUUUCUCCCUUUCAGCUUUUCCCCCCCGAUCUCAUUAUUUCCUUACAUGAGGAGGCACUUUGCAGAUUAUUUUUUUAGCCCAGUAAUUCAUUGUUGAGUCGGAGGCGGCUGGCUGUCCUGAUGAACUGUCGGCAGAGGAGGGAGGAGGAAACCGAAGAGAGGAAGGAAACGAGGAUAACGUCACGAAAAGCAGAGUCGGAGUAAAACGGACUCUAUAGUAUUUAAUGGACAAUCCUUGAUGCGGGGCCGGGGACCGAGCUGCGGCUAAUUGUGUUUUGUUUACGCCGGAGAGUGGACGAGAGAUGUUUUUGUUAACUUGUCGGGCGUGAAUAAGGCCGAAAGCAUUUCGGGAGAGGAAACGGCAACACAACAGCAGCAGCAGCAGCAGAGGCAGCAGUAGCAGCACAAGCAGAUUUCAUCUUUUUUUUCAGGAGCUCUACUAAAGCAGAGAAAUGGAAAUGUGUGUAUCCCUCCUCCUCCUCCUCCGUUUGCCUGUUUACUGAAGGAUUUUUUGGAAACAGCCUAAUAAUCGUGACACACGGAGCUUAUUUAAGUGGAUCUCCUCUGCAGCUUUUUUUUUUUUUUUAAUGACUGAAAAAGACAUCUAGUCCAAUCCUCCACGGGAUUUUGGGGGACGUUGCUUUCAGGGCUUUUUUCCCCUUUCUUUCCCUCUUUUGGUUCGGCAGAAAAAUAGCAGCAAAAUCAUCGGGAGAAUUAACAGGUGACAGCUUGGACAAAUCCAAAAUGAGUGAGCUGGAGCAGCUUCGUCAGGAGGCCGAGCAGCUUAGGAACCAGAUAAGAGAUGCCAGGAAAGCAUGUGGAGAUUCUACCCUGACACAGAUAACUGCUGGUCUGGAUCCUGUGGGGCGGAUUCAGAUGCGGACGAGACGCACCCUCCGUGGCCACCUGGCCAAGAUCUACGCCAUGCACUGGGGUUCAGACUCAAGGCUUCUAGUUAGUGCCUCUCAAGAUGGAAAACUGAUCAUCUGGGACAGCUACACCACUAACAAGAUACAUGCCAUACCCCUGCGCUCCUCCUGGGUGAUGACCUGUGCGUACGCCCCCUCUGGGAACUACGUGGCCUGCGGAGGCCUGGACAACAUCUGCUCCAUCUACUGCUUGAAGACGCGCGAGGGCAACGUGAGAGUUAGCAGGGAACUACCUGGCCAUACAGGUUACCUGUCAUGUUGCCGUUUCAUUGACGACAAUCAAAUCAUCACGAGUUCAGGAGACACCACAUGUGCACUGUGGGACAUAGAGACAAGUCAGCAGACCACGGUUUUCUCGGGCCACAGCGGUGACGUCAUGAGCCUGUCCCUGUCGCCCGACCUUCGCACCUUUGUGUCGGGAGCCUGCGAUGCCUCUGUCAAACUGUGGGACAUCAGGGACAGCAUGUGCCGGCAGACCUUCACGGGCCACGAGUCGGACAUCAACGCCAUCUGUUUCUUUCCCAACGGCAGCGCCUUCGCCACAGGCUCCGAUGAUGCCACCUGCAGGCUGUUUGACCUGCGUGCAGACCAGGAGCUCAGCCUCUACUGCCAUGACAACAUCAUCUGUGGCAUCACCUCCGUGGCUUUCUCGCGCUCCGGCCGUUUGCUGCUGGCUGGUUACGACGACUUCAACUGCAACAUCUGGGACGCCAUGAAGGGAGACCGAGCAGGAGUCCUGGCUGGCCAUGACAAUCGUGUGAGCUGUCUGGGCGUGACGGAUGACGGCAUGGCGGUGUGCACCGGGUCCUGGGACAGCUUCCUUAAGAUCUGGAACUGAGCCACGCACACAGAAACAGCAGACACACCCACACACGUCCGACAGACAGACACCGCUGGGACACACGGUUUGCACCCUGUAUUCACACUGUAUGUAAGAUUCAACAGACAAACUGCAACAUUGUACUGUACAUAAUAUAUAUGACUUAGUUAUGAGUUGACAUACACACACACACACUCACACACACACACUCACUUACUUUAUGCAGGUCAAGAUGACACGACACCUGAACACACGCCCCCACUACCUACAGUUGAUUUAAGUGCACAGCAGCAAGGCUACAGUAACACACACACACACACACACACACACACAUACAUAUAUAUAUAAAAUCUGUAAAAUGUCAAAAUGUGACCAAAUACAGUUGAAUCUUGCUCAAAUAAAGACACAAUUACCACUAUUACCUGAAGCCUUUUAACACGUCUAACACGCUCAUUCACACACACACACACACACACACACACACUUUUUCCUGAGAGACACUGUUCCUUGACUUAAACAGGAGAAGAAGUAAUUGGACAAUUCUGUCUUUGUUUACAAUGAAGUCAAAAACGCACUUCAGACUAAUUUUUCUGUACUAUUUUUGUCUCUGUACCACACGUAUCUCAGCCAAUGGUGAUAUGAAGGAAAAAAACGGUCGUGGGAGAGAAUCAUGUGAGUCCAUUAAUACUUAAAAUAAAUAAAUGGAACACAGGCAGACAGACAGGAUGGACCGGUGAUCAAGAGAGUUCAAGAGAGAUAUCAGCUCUUAUUUUCAUCUGGCUCAAAACAUCACGUAGUCACUGUUUUUAUAGAAUUGUACCCCCGCAUACAGUACAUCUCUUCUGAAGUUUUAUUUCAUUCUUCUUCUUCUUCUUCUUCUUUUUUUUAACAAUUAUUUUAUUCAUGUUCUCCCUGUGUGCCUCAGAUACACUUUAAGGAUUAUUAAUAGAGAAUAUUGAUACAGUUAAAUUAACUCAAAAAGACCUGAGAUUCAGAAGGUGGGUGGGAAAAAAAAACAUUAUAAGACAUCUUAAAAGCAGGAGCCAGUAUUCAUACUUUGACUCUGUCAAUGUAUUAUCUGGACAUUAUGAUGGUAUAAUUGUACAUAAUAUUAAUAAAUAAUAGCCUCUCCUGCCA